AUGGGGCUGCGGCCAGGUGUUUUCCUCUUGGAGCUGCUGCUGCUUCUGGGACAAGGGACCCCUCAGAUCCAUACCUCUUUUGGAAAGAAUACACUGGAAGGGCAGCUAUGGCCAGAGUUGCAGACCCUGAAGAAUUCUCCAUUCCCAUGCAACCCAAAUAAAUUAGGAGUGAAUAUGCCUUCUGAAUCAGUUCACUCUCUGAAGCCUUCUGAUAUUAAAUUUGUGGCAGCCAUUGGCAAUCUGGAAGUUCCUCCAGACCCAGGGACGGGCGAUCCGGAGAAGCAAGAAUGGACUGAAGAAAGGCCACAGCAGGUGUGCAUGGAAGUGAUGACAGUCCUUUCAGACAUCAUCAGACAUUUCAAUCCUUCCAUUCCAAUGCCUGUGUGCUACACUGGAAAGACAGUUGUAUCCCACGAUGGUGCCGACGGUGCUGAAGACUUGUGGUUUCAGGCUCAAGAACUGGUGAGAAACAUGAAAGAGAACCUGCAACUUGAUUUUCAACUUGACUGGAAGCUCAUCAAUGUGUUCUUCAGUAAUGCAAGCCAGUGUUACCUGUGCCCCUCUGCUCAACAGAACGGGCUUGUGGCGGGCAGCAUGGACGAGCUGAUGGGGGUGCUGGACUACCUGCAGCAGGAGGUCCCCAGAGCAUUUGUAAACCUGAUGGACCUCUCUGAGGUUGCAGAGGUCUCUCGUCGGUAUCAGGGCACUUGGCUCAGCCCUGCACCAGAGCCCUGCAACUGCUCAGAGAAGACCUCCAGGCUGGCCAAGGUGGUGAUGCAGUGGUCUUAUCAGGAAGCCUGGAACAGCCUCCUGGCCUCCAGCAGGUACAGUGAGCAGGAGUCCUUCACGGUGGUUUUCCAGCCUUUCUUCUAUGAAACCACCCCAUCUCUACCCUCGAUCACUGGGCAAGGGGCCGCCCAGACCAUGUAG